GUCCAGUGUGGAGAGGACACCAUGGAGGUCAGUGUUCAGAGGGAUUUGUAUGGGAAUGGAAAGCUAGUAAAACUUUCCGAUCUGAGCCUGGGAGCCCAACUAUGCAAGCCAAGCACCCAAAGUACUGACAACAUGGUCAUCUUCCAGAUUAGCCUCCAGGACUGUGGCAACACUGCUCGGAUGUCUCAAGACUGGGUGGUUUACACUACCAGCCUGACCUACAGCCCAACCUCCUCCAUUCCAAUCAUCAGAACCAACCCAGCUGUGGUCCCCAUAAUGUGCUACUACUAUCGGCAUGGUAAUGUGAGCAGUAAGGCCAUUAAGCCAACAUGGCUUCCAUUCAGCACCACAGUAUCCUCAGAAGAGAGGCUGUCCUUUUCUUUGCACUUGAUGGCUGAGGACUGGAGUGGCCCUAGAAGUUCUUCAGUGUUUCAGUUGGGAGAUAUUCUCUACAUAGAGGCCUCUGUGGACACUCAGAACCAUAUUGGCCUAAUACUGUUUAUUGACCGAUGUGUGGCCACCAUAUCACCUGAUGCCAGCUCUUCUCCUAAUUAUGACAUCAUUACAGACCAUGGGUGUCUGGUAGAUGGAAUGCAAGAGGACUCCUCUGCAGCCUUCGUGACUCCAAGGGUCAAACCAGACAACCUACGGUUCACAGUUGAUGUCUUCCGAUUCCUAGGAAAUGAUGCGUCUCUGAUCUACAUAACCUGUUACCUGAGAGCUGCUGCAGCCACCCAGGUCCCAGAUUCCAUGAACAAGGCCUGUUCCUAUAGCAAGACCACAAAUGGCUGGUCUGCAGUUGAGGGCCCCAGCGAUAUCUGCCAGUGCUGUGAUACUGACAAUUGCUUGUCUUCUCUAGCUGGUCUGCAGUUGAGGGCCCCAGCGAUAUCUGCCAGUGUUGUCAGACAACAGGCACCUGCAGCAACACUAAUCUGA